CAUGCAGCAAGGGUGAAACUAACAGAUUAUCCACUUCAUCCAAAGCGAAGCCUAGCGCAGCGCAACAGCAACGCACCAGUAGAUUCUCUGCGAGCCCGCAGCAAUGGCAAUCGAGCCUACAUGUAUAUUUGACAAUGUAGAGUUGGCGUGUCCGGACAGAAUACGCGGGUUUUGUUUCCGUAUUCUCCCCAUUUGACCUUACAACGUUGAUUGUACGACGGCAUGAAUCUCAUAUGCAGACUUGGACUUCCUUUUCUCAGCUGGGACUCCCAGCUGAGAAAACGGAAUGGUUCCUUCUAGGCUUCAUAUCUCCUGCCGAUUCCGCCACUCCACUCCGUGAACGCGGCAGUACUUCCCUGUGUGGUUAUAAGGUUCAUUUCAUUUCGUGCUUUGGAUGAGUCGGUGACCCACGCACUGCUCUAACCAUGGCCCCUUCAGUCGAUGGUCGCUCAAUUGCUAUCCUCGCCGCCUUACCUGUUUCCUUUGUUGUCAUGACUGUCCUCGGGCGGUUCAUUGAGAAAAGACACGACAGGCCUCCCCUUCCCCCUGGCCCAAUGCCGCUCCCACUAAUAGGGAACAUCUUAUCUCUCGACGCUAAAGAACCUUGGCUGACUUAUACUCACUGGCGUGCUAUUUAUGGGAACUUGGUCUUCGUGCGAAUUCUAGACCAGGAUGCGGUCGUGAUCAAUUCUCAGCAUGUUGCAGAAGCCUUACUGGAAAAGCGUUCUCGAAUUUACUCCGAUCGACCAUACUUAGCAACAGUCGAGCCAUUUGGCUGGUCGAUCAGCUUCUCAUUCACAGCUUACGGUGACGAAUGGCGUCUUUCCCGACGACUCUUCCACCAAACUUUCCGUCCCGAGUCUGCAAUUAAGUUUCGCCCCACGCAGAUGAGACGGGCUCGUGAGAUGAUCGUCAACCUGAUUGAUGACCCACAGCAUUAUCAUUCCCACUUCGCAACAUUCUCGUCCUCUGUUGCGAUGUCAGUUGUAUAUGACUAUCAACCCAGUGCUCGUGAUGACCCUCUAGUUCGAGUCAUGGAAAAUGCGCUGGCUCUUGGUCUUGCUGUGUUGACCCCAGAGAGUGCAGUAUUGCUUAAAAUGUUCCCAUUCUUACUGAAGUUACCUGACUGGUGCUGGGGAUCAUCGAUCAAACGUGAUGCUCAAGCUUCCAGGAAUGGCAUGACUGACCUGACGGAGGUGCCGUUUCGAUAUACGCAGCAGCAUAUGACCCAAAACUCGUCCCUUGACCAGUUUUCAAUGGUGGCAGAAAAUUUGCAACGAAUGGAGAAGCAAGACGAUGCAUCCAAACCAAUGUUCGAAACUGCCUUAAAGAAGGCGGCUACUACUGCUAUUAUCGGUUCAUAUGAGACGACUACUGCAGCCUUGAUGCUUUUUGUUCUCGCCAUGGUGUCUUACCCAGAUGUUCAACGACGCGCACAAGCGGAGAUCGACUCGGUGAUUGGAAGUGAUCGCUUGCCUACGUUUGAGGACAGAGCAUCACUACCUUACGUUGAAUCAGUUCUGCGGGAGACUCUGCGAUGGCAUCCCAUUUUACCCCUUGUGCCGCAUGCUGCCUCGAGUGAUGAUAUAUACGAAGGUUAUUUCAUUCCAAAAGGAGCGACCGUGAUAGCUAAUAUAUGGGGCAUUUCACGGGAUGAAAAACGCUACCCUAACGCAUCUCAUUUUAUACCGGAGAGGUUCAUAGACGUCAACGGUGCGUUGACGGACGAUGACCCUGCGAGAUACGUUUUUGGCUUCGGUCGGCGUAGAUGUCCAGGUCGGUAUACUGCUGAUGCCUCCGUGUGGUCUGCUAUUGUGACCAUGUUAGCCACGGUGGACUUUUCUUCCGCAAAGGACGACCAGGGCAAAGUAAUCGACUUCACCCCUCAAUUCACGGCAGGACUCACUCGCUCCGUUCUUGUCUUCCCUUGCAAUAUUUCACCACGUUCUCAUGUUCAUUCAGGCCUUGUGGAUGUUUUCAGGACUGGGGCGUGAGUUGUAUAUAGGGAAAGAACCAGCAGUCUCUAUUCUCAUUAUCGAUUACCUUACUUGGGCCACGCUGUUGGUCGCAAACUACAUGACCUUCUGCGGCCCUUCAGUGUACUCGUAUGAUUAUGCAGAUUCAUUUCCUUCUCACGAAAAAAUUACAUUGUCCAUUCAUCGCGUCAAAAGCUCAAGAGCUCACUUUCAAUAGCUAUUCCCUAGUCCCUACUGUAUGUGCGUCUGCAAAUCACACACAGACCGGUCAGAGGCGUAACCAAUC